AUGCAGUGGAGUCUGUUUCUGCUUCUUCUGAUGGGUCAGUGUGUCUUCAUCACAUGUCACCUGUAUGAGUACCACUUUAUUCAAGAACAGAUGAGCUGGGAUGAAGCACGGGCAUACUGCAGAGAGAAAUACACAGACCUGGCCAAAGUGUUUGACCUGACAGACAUGAGAAGACUUCAAGACUCUGCACAGAGUCAAACAGAAGCCUGGAUUGGACUGUACAGCGAGCCAGGAGGAGACAACAGGAGGUGGCACUGGUCUCGGCCGGGGGAGGAAUACACUGAAAAUGAGACCUGUUGGGGAGGCGGAGAGCCAAAUAAUUCUGAAUACCCUGAAAACUGUGUGAUAACAAGAAACAAGUGGGCAGAUUAUCCAUGUAGUGACACAUUUCAGUUCAUCUGCUAUGAUGAAAAAAAGAAAGACAAUAAAACCUUUCAUUUGAUUAAGACGUCUGUGAACUGGACUCAGGCUCAGAGUCACUGCAGACAGCAUCACACUGACCUGGCCAGUGGACUCGAUCAGAUAUACAGUGAAGAGUUUAAGAAUCUGCAGAACUCUACAGCUUUGUGGAUCGGCCUGUUCAGAGACAGCUGGAGGUGGUCAGAUGGGAGUAACUUCUCUUUCAGAUACUGGGACACAGAUAACGUGAUCCUGAUCCAAGCAAACAAAACCUGGGAGGAAGCCCUUUAUUACUGCAGAGAGAAACACCAUGACUUGGCUUCCAUCACCAACCUGCAUGAGCAGCAGUGGUUUCAGGAAAAGGCCAAAAACGCCUCCACUCCUUUUGUCUGGCUGGGGCUGCGCUACACCUGCACUCUGGGCUUCUGGUUCUGGGUCACUGAUGAGGUCGCUGAGUAUAGUAACUGGGACUCUAAGAGGAAAGAUGAUGUCUGUGGCGUGUCUGGAGCCAUGGACACAGCAGGAGAGCAGAAGUGGGUCAGUCAGCCUGAUAAUAAUAAGUUUAAUUUCUUCUGUUCAAAACAUUAA